CCGUAGCGUUGUUCGUGAAACUCUGUGUGGCAAUAGUGAGAUUAGUUCAGGGAAUAAACGCGCAUUGUUCACGCGAUUGGUUUUUGUGUUUGGUGAAAGUGCUCAUAAGAAUUGUAAAUUUAAUAAACAAGCUCCUUGUGAUUCGAUAAACACAAAGUGAUAUCGAAAUGAAAGAAAUACUCAGUGGCAAAUUUGAAGACAAUCCACGGAAUUGGAAUGACUCACAACCAUAGGAAGGUAUUUUGAGAGCAAUGAAAGCAAAACGGUGGACAUAAAAUGGCUGUGCAGCACGCGCUUAUAAAUCAGUGUUUGUUUAUUUGUAUCGUUAUCUCGCUCUUACCGAUGGUGGACGAGGCGAAGGUGUACGAAGGGGCACGGAGUUUCCCGAGCGAUGAGAAGCGGUUAACCCGGGAAUACCAUUUGAGGCAGGGCGCGUUGAGGGGUCUGAUUGUGAAGCCAGGGAGGCAGUAUGAUCUGCAGCCAGUGGAAAUAUUCUUGGGCAUACCGUAUGCUGCACCGCCUGUGGGCAGCUUACGUUUUAUGCCUCCAGUCAGCGCCCCACCGUGGUCCGGUUUGAAGAUGGCGACCCGUUUCGCGCCAGUUUGUCCCCAAGCCCUGCCACAGAUUAAAAAGGGGAAUCCGCCAUCGUUAGGAAGACAGAACUAUUUGAAUCGUCUCAGACCCUUCUUAAAAGAAGAAUCUGAGGACUGCUUGUAUUUGAAUAUUUAUGUACCCUAUAGAGAGCAAAAAACAAAGAAGUUUCCCGUACUCGUGUUCAUUCACGGUGACUCCUUUGAGUGGAGUUCUGGGAAUCCUUACGAUGGGAGAAUCUUAGCAUCGUAUGGGAACGUCAUGGUUAUUACAGUCAACUAUCGUCUUGGGAUAUUAGGAUUUAUGAAACCAAGUCUAACAGAACAUGUUUACGGUAACAACGGUCUUCUGGACCAAUUAGCCGCUUUGCAAUGGAUAAAGGAUAACAUUGAAGACCUGAAUGGGGAUCCCAAGUCUGUGACCCUAAUGGGGCACGGCACUGGGGCGGCGUGUGUGAACUUUUUGAUGUUUUCCCCUAUUUCAAAUGGUCUGUUCCACCGCGCGAUACUAAUGUCGGGCUCCGCCCUAUCCGACUCCGCGAUGACCCGCGACCCGGCGCAGUACACGCUGCAGGUCGCCCAGAGUCUGGGCUGCAACCCCAGCUCUAGGGACAUGAUGAGCUGCCUCCAGAAGAAGCCGUUAUCAGAAAUCAAAAAAGUCCAAAUAUUGUCGCGAGAAUUCGAGACUCCAUUGGGCCCGGUGGUGGCCGGGUCAUUCAUACCGAGUGAACCUACACAAACGAUGGCAUCCUUUCCAAACCUGCUAAGCAAAUACCAAUUGCUAAGUGGUGUAACGGAAUGGGAAAGCUAUCACGAUUUCGGAGUAAUUGAGCUCGAUCAUGGCGUUUUGGAGAACCAGAGAGAUGAAUUCAUAAAGAAAUAUGCGAAGAUUGUCUACGAGGGGGCGGAAGAUGUCGCUUUGAAGGAGAUAUUGAAACAGUACUCCCCCUCAAAGCUGGACCCUCAGCGCUGGCCGGUGGAAACCAACCGUGACGUCACACUGAACAUGUUCAGUGACGCCAGAACAUUGGCUCCGAUGAUACACCUCGCGAACUAUCAGUCGAAAGCGAACAGACAGUCGUACUUCUAUGUGUUUGGACACAAUUCCGUGAGCACGGACUAUGCGCCUCUGAACAAGAGCGUGCACGGCGAGGAGAUGCCGUACGUGCUGGGGGUGCCGCUGGGCGGCGCCGCCACGCACCUGCGCGCCGAGUACACGCCGCGCGAGAAGCUGCUCAGCGAGGUCGUCAUGCGCCUGUGGACCAACUUCGUGAAGAACGGAUCUCCCAACACGCAGAGCGUGAACGAAUAUCACACAUUGGAUAGGAAAGUCUGGAAUCAGUACAACGUGGAAUGGCCGGAGUACAAUGUCGCCCAUCAACCUUAUUUACGACUGGACAUACCGCCAUCCAUAAACAGUUUGUACAGAUCGAACUACACCUCGUUCUGGCUCGACUCGCUGCCCAACAAGCUGAGUCGCUACGUCGUCGAUCCGCUCCAAGCCUUCACACCGCCCACCACUCAGAGGAUUCGAGCGACUCAUAGACCUGUAGAAACAAUAAAAAAAUCUAUCUACCCGCCCGUAGUCCACCGCACCGACUACACUAUGCCGUUAUACGGUAAGCUGCGACCGAACCCACCGCCACAGUACAGACCGGACACAGACGCAAUUUACCGAGAGAUUCAGGCCAUAAAAACCCCAUCUAGACCACUCCCACCCAGUUUAAGGACCCCACAACCUCAGACCAGUACAGAAAAACCGACAUUGACCAUAGCCAAAACCUCCAGUACGACCCUCACCCUCAUUAUUUCACUCACAGUCCUAUUCUUAGCGGUUAACAUAAGUAUAUGCGCGGUAUUGUAUUUCAAAAAGCGGAGAUUACGACUCCGAGCCCUCGAGCGUCCUUCGGAAAUGGGUGAAGUGGAUGUAAUCGGACAGAAAAGCUCCGAAAGUGCUCUGCGCAAGCUGAAGAACGGCUGCAGCGUUAUUAAGUCGAUGAAAAUACAGAAAAAGAAAAUUAACAAGGAAUGCAAGACGCCCAAGUCGGACGACUCCGGCGGGUUUCGGGAACGCUUCCAGCUGAGGCGACAUUUGUCCACGAGCACUUUGGACGCUCAUACGAAAGUCAGAGAUUGGAUCACGAACGAAGUGAUGCACAGAUGCUCGCCGAGCAUUUUAAGAAAAUCGCAUUCCGAGAGCGAGAAAAAUAAACAAUUCACCAGAUCGGAGGAGUUGUUGACGGAGAAGAAAAAUAAAAGUGAGAAAAUUGAUGUUCCACCGUCCAAUUUACUCGCGAAGAAUUUUAAGAAUAAAACGUCUGAGAAGACCACUUCAACGUCCGCGUUGGAUUCGCAUUCGUCGAUUGUUAGCAAACAUUCGGCGGACAAAAUUAGUAAAUCAAAUGAAUCCGUUAAGAGCAAAGAUAGUGCGAAAUCCAAGAAAGUUUCAGUAGCUAUCGAUGCGACGCCCGCGGCUAGAACUAAUUCCAUAUUGAAACAAGAGCCGAUAGAGCUGUCUAAGUCAUUUGAUUGUAUAGAAAAAGGAGUGCAGGUUUCGAACAAAUUGCAAAGAUCCAAAACUGUUGGUGACGAUACAUAUUCGAAAGUUGUCAAACCGAAAACAACAGAGAGUACACAAACGCAGCGCGAACAUCAAACCUUUACAAAUGAAGUGACGCUUUCAUUACAAAAUAGGGCUCCCUUAAAAAUAUCACACAAACAUUCCACAUCCGAUCCUGUGACGGACGUAAAUUAUGAACAAUUAAUGAAACAAAUGCAACGCGAAGCGAUGCACAUCCUUCCGCCGGUCACGUUCAGAAACGAGGUAAACGUUACGUCGCGCGACGACACACAAACUCAGCCUUUGUCGCCGGAAGAGGCGUUAUUAACUAUUAAACGAAGAAACUUUCCAAAAGUACUUCCAGACUUGCCCAAGUCACAGAAGAGGCUGUCCUUACAACCGACUUUGCAAACUUUCCGCGGUUAUAUUGAUAGUCAAAUUGACAAGCCGAAAGUUCCGCCCCAACCGCCGCCCAGAACGACAACUUUAGAGCGGCGUCUCGCCUACAAGAACACGAAAUUACUUUCGUCUUUUGACACACCCAGAAAGAUAUCAGAGAACUCCAACUACGAAAAUAUUGAUAAUUUGACUACGCAUUCCGAAUUGAAUAAGUCGAGAUCUAUUGAGAGUAAAAUUGAUUUAAAACAAAACCGACCGGUAGAUCCUACUCCGUCCACACAAAGGGAAUAUCCGAGGGUAAUAAUUGCUUCAAGUACAUCUGAGCCGAAGAUUAUCAUACAGCCCUCUUUGAGUCAAGUAGAAAUCCCAACGAAUGCGCCAAGAGUUCGAUUGCCCGACGAUUUCCAUUCCGGUUCCGUUACAUCAUUCUCUUCAUAUUAUUCGGAUGAUGAUGACGAUGAAAUAGAUGACAUCGACGAUUUCGAAGAUAAGCUAUUACAAGAACUCGUUGGUGGCGUCGAAUCACCGACGGAGGAUGUGUUGGAUUCGAAAGGACCAGAUACGAUAUUGAGGAAAGUAGAAAUCGUUCCGGUUAAGCUGAACACAGUGCAGACACAGAGGAGUAGCGAUUACGUGUGUGUCACAGACUUGCUGCUACCAGAUGCAAGCAAUCUCGAACAGACUGCGCAAAUCAAACCAAACUUCAGUUUGAAUAAAUUGAAGAAUAGAAGUGAAAGUAUCAACCGACCUCCGGAGAAGGCGGUCAAAGUGAAACAGAAGAGACGAAAGCCUGGAGCGAUUUUAAGUAGAGUUAAGAGUAGUGGUAGCGGGAAUAGUGAUAGUAAAUUAGAACAUUCUACGUCAGGGUCAUCCAAUGAUACUGAGGCUAGUACGGGAACUGUGAGAAAAGUCGAAAAAUAGCACUAGUGUUAGGUGUAAUGUAAAUAAUAGUUGUAGAUUGCAUACGAGCAUGCUAUUAACUACUAUUCCAAGAUUUUUGUCUUAAAGCAGUAGGUAUGAAGUGGGUAAAAUUAAUAUUUAUAUGCAAUUAAUCCAAAGAACUAUGAAACAAAUCAAAGUUAGUUUUAACAAAUGUAUUUACGUAACGGCGAGUUUAUAAAAGACUAAAUGUAUACUAAAGUGCCUUUAUUUUACACGCAUUUCGA